GUGCGUCUUCUAUGUGUUCAGUUUCGUCGAGAACGCUAUGAACAACGUCGCGUUUGUCUUCCUCCUGAGCCCGGAGAAGAAAGUGAGAGCGGCGUGCUGGCUGCUGCCCGGGCAGCUCUUGGUCAUGGCCAUGGAGAGCUAUCAAGUUUGCAAGGACCGAGAACUCGCGCAGGCGCGCCAGGCGCUGCUGCUGCGGGCUGGGCAGAGGCCCUGCUCCUGCCUCUGCAGGCCGCUGGUGGCCAUCGCGUUCGACGCCUUCGCCCUGCUCGUCCUGGGCUGCCUCAGCUUCUACCAGCUGCUGAGG